AUGUCAUCGGAGGCUUACAGAGCUGUGCAGGACUCGGUCGACUCGGUUGUCCUUCCUUUGCUCACUGCGCCCUCGCUCUCGCCUAUGGCACGAGAGGCUGCCGUGGCUGUCAUGGCGGCUUCGCUGGAAAAGGGCUCGCUUGCUGCCCUGGCGGACUUGCUCCAAUCGCUCAUGACGCCUGUCAAGGCCAAGCUGGCCGACAAGCCUGCCAUCGAAGGUGCCAACGCUGCUCUGGACUCGCUGGCUCUGCUCCUUUGUGCUCUCGCUGCCUUUGCUACGCCUGUGCUUCCUGAUCUCAUCUCGCGGCUGCUCAAGCUCGCUCGCGCUACCGCCACCCCGCUCACCACCCGUGUCAAGGUCGUCACCGCUCUCGCGGCUGCUCUGACUGCUGCCGGCUCGCGCGGCCCCUCGGCUGCCUCAUCGGAAGUGGCCAAGCCGCUCAAGGCCCUCUUUGCUCUCAAGAUCUCCUCGCCGCAGAUGCACGCCGCGCUCGGCCACCUCGUGCUGAGCCUCGCUACCGCCGGGCCGAGUGGGUUCAAGGACCUCGAGCCAGCCUUCCAGGCCCUGCUCAAGAUGGUGGCCGGCCUGAUGCCGGUUGAGGCCUUGCUCGAAGAGACCGACGACGCCAUCACCUCGCUUGCCGCCGCCACUGCUGCCAUGCUCGAUCUGUACGCGCGGACGGUCGCAUUCCCGGCCGCCGCCGUCUCGCUCGCCCCCAACGCCGAUCAGGCCGCGCUACCGAACGACGCUGCCGGCUCAUUGCCGGCUGCUCUGCUGGCGCUGCCACUCGAGGCCGCAGCAGCAGCACUGGCGUCGGUCCUCUCGCCGCUGGCCUCUGUCUUUGUCAAGGGCUCGGCCGUCGGUCGCUCCGUCUGUGCUGCCACGCUCGCCGCACUGGCUGGUCGCCUCUCGGUCCCGGCUCGCGCGGUCGCCUUUGCUCCCUUUCUCCGCGCCGCUGCGUCGUGGCUCAAGGCACUGGUGGGUGCCUCGGCGCCGCCGCAUCACGCCGCCGCAGCCGUCAGCAUCCUCAGCCCCGCGCUCGCUCUCGGCUUUGUCCAGCCGCUGGUCCUCCGUCUCCAGCCGCUCGACGCGCUCUUUGCUACGCUCCUCGACAUCCUCGAUGAUGGCAGCCACCCGCUGCUUGCGCUUCCGCUCACCACCGCGCUCGUGCUCGACGUCGUUGUCGCUGCCCUGGACGCGUACGCGGUGUCGGACAACAUGCCGCCGGCACUUGCCACACGCGCCACAGACACGCUCGCGGCCGACCGCUUCCUUGCCGCCUCCAAUCUGCACCUCCGAUCGACCGCAGCGGUUGCCCUCGCCCGCGCCGCAACUGCCUGCUCCGCCCUCCCGCUCUCGUCGACUCUCUUUGCGAGCCAAGUCCAGAGCCUGCAGCAGGCCCACGCGCAGCUCUCGGUUUUUCUGGUGCUCCUUGGCUCGGCCACCGCCGCGCACGCCAUCCUCGCCUGGUCGGUCGCUUACCCGCCGCAGACAUCGCUGCCCGUCCCAGAGCUCGAGCUGGGCGCCUCGGUUACUCUUGCGCUACUCUCGCCGUACACGGCGUCGACAACCGCGAGUCAGCCUGGCGCAGACCUUCUCUGCCAGGCCGGGCUUCUCCUUCUCGCCGGCCUCGCCACCGCCGCUCCGCGCCUUGCGGCUUCGAUGUGGGACAAGGCCGUGCCUGCGCUUCGCUACCUGUCGUCGCUGCGGCCUGAAUCUGCCUCGCCACAGGCCGUCACCUGCGUCGCCCUCGCUUGCUUUGCCACACAAGCAGUUCUCGCCUCGCCAGCCGCGCCGGCGGCAGCGGUGGACCUGGCUGUCGAUCUGGUGACCGGCGCCUCGGCGCUUGCUGCAAACGCUUCGACUACCUCAUCGCUGCUCUCGGGCUCACAUCUUAGCCUUGCGGCCCAGCUUCCAGCCAAGCGGCUCAAGCCGCUCUUUGUCCCGCUCCUCACCCACGCAGCGUCGGUUGUCGGAUCGCUCCCGACGUCGGCCGUCGUCACGUCCGCGCUGCCGGAAAUGCUCGCUGCCAUCGACGGCGGCGCCGCCGCGCCGGUCCUCGGCGGCUCGGCGCUUCUGCCAGGCUGCACACGGCUCUCGCCAUUUGCCGCCGCUCUCGGUCCGUACGCCUCGUACGACCUCCUUGACUCUAUCCUCAGCCCGGCCCGGCUUGUGGCCGCCUGUGGAUCUUGUCCGGUCUCCCGCGUCCUUGUCGCCUACACCGCCACCGACCGGCAGGUCCAGCUCACUUCCGCCGUCGCCCUCUUUGGUGUCCUUUUUGGCUUGCAGAAGUCCGGCAACAAGCUGCAGCUCGUCAACCACUUUGGCUCGGCGCUGGGACAGGCAACCGCGUCUGCAGCCGCCGCCGCCGAAAAGGCCGCCAGUGGGCGCGGCAAGUCGCGAACUCGCGCUUUCGUCUCCAACAUCGCGUCGACGCUCGCGUCGGGUACCUCGACAAGUGACGGUGACGACGCAGGCUACCUCUCGGCCUCAGGACACGCGCAGUUUGUGGCGCUGCAGGCCAACGUGGUCGCCGCUCUGCUCGCCGCGCUCAUCGCCGGCCUCUCCUCGCCCGCGCUCAAGACCGGCGCCGGCAAGGUCGGCGCCGCGCUGAGAUCCACCCUGCUGCCGCUACUGAAGAGCCCAGUCCCGCUGGUCCGCCAGCUCGCCGCCGCCGCUCUCGGCCUGCUCGCUGCUGUUGCGCCCGAGGCCUCGAGCGAUGCCCUUGCUCGCAGCGUGCUGGAGAGCCUCGAAGCCGCGCUGCGCGAAGGAAACUCGGUCCAUGCCGCCGGCUGUGCCCUUGCGCUCGGCUACCAUCACGUGGCGCUUGGCUCGCUGCAGGCGGCACCGCUAGUUGGGCCGAGCCUUCGGUUACUGCUGGCCGCAGCGCAAGCCGGCUCGACCCACCUGCACUCGUGGGCUGCCGCCAGUCUCGAGCUGGUCGCCGCCAACGGCUCGGUUGCGCUCCACUCGGCGCUUGACACGCUUCUACCCGCCGUCGGCGCCGUGCUUUGCACCCGCGCGUCGCUCCGGCCGUGCGCUGCGGUGUCGCUCGCCGGCGUCGUCGCGUCGGCCACCGAGGUCCUUGGCCCGGAGCUGGGCAUAGAGACUGCCUUUGCUGCCGAUGCGUGGACCCUGCUUCGGGUUGUGGCCUAUGCGAGCUUGCCGGCGUCGUUCGCAGCCCGGGUCGUCGGCGGGCUGCCGAUUCCCGACCACGCAUGUGCCAUGCCGGGCGCACCGUCAGCAGCCCCAGCGCUGCUCGACACCGCCGCUCUGCCAGCACUCCGCCUCGUCCUCGACGGUGCCGCCAGUCGGCUGGCCUCUGCAUGGCGCCCGCUGAUCAAAGGCGCGCUGCAGGUGGUCAUCAUGGCGCCGCGGGCGGUGCCGGCACCCGAGCUCCGUGCCGCCCUUGUAGGCGGCAUGGCAGUAGGUGGCGCAGCUCCCAUUGUGGCACGAGGCUCGAGCCUUGGACCCGACGCACUCUCGACACUCGAGCAGGCGCUGCAGCGGCUGGGGGGCGAUCUGCUUGGCAGCGACAGUGUCGACGCUGCAUCGCACCUUGUCGCCAGCGUGAUCCUCGCUUCCCAACUGCAUACAGUGCAAGCCGGACCGUCGCCGGCGCUGUUGGAAGCAGUUCUUAGUCCCGAUAACGCGCCGGCGCUGCUCGCCUUCCUCCGCACCGCUACCCAGGGCGAGGCCGUAGUCGCCCUGCCGCAGCUUGUGCGCGUCGAGUCCGGCACGCCGUCACGCGCUAGCGCUGCUGCUGCGGGUGCUGGUGCCAUGGACGCUGAAGACGGCGAGACUAUGCUGGGCUCGGACGGUGGUGAGCGCGCGAAUGGCGUCAGCCGCGACGGCGUCGAAGUGGGCCUUGGUGUCGGCUCGGGCUCUGUUGUCGUCGCAGCGAGAACAGUGGCGGCUGUAGCGCGCAUGGCUGCCGCAGCCGUGUCUGCGCUAGCGCCGCAGCCGCCGCCGGCGCAGCUAGAGCCCGCGGUGGGCAUGGCGUUCUCCCUCUGCACCUCACAACUGCCUGAGCUCAAGGUUGCAGGCUUCGGUCUUCUUGCGGUGGUGCUCGAUGUGUACGGCGGCGUGCGCGAUCCCCAGUUUGACGACAUGUACCUGCUGCAGCUCUCGCAGGCGCAGAUUGCGUCUGCGCUGCGGUCGGGCUUUGAAGAGGAGGGCGGACGUGCCGAAGUUGGGGUGGCGGCGGCGCCGGUGGUGGCGGCGUAUCUGACGUCGCCGGCCAUGGCAGCGGCACCGGUGGCCAAGGACGUGGCGCGUACGCUUGCGCCGCUUGUGCGGCUGCAGGGCGAGCUCGACUCGCUCUCGAUGCAGUAUCCGCACUGCUCGUCGCUCGCCGUGGCGCUGCUCAAGUCGGCAGUCCUCCGCGUUUUUGCCGACCUGCACGUGCAGUCGCUCGAGGCGCCGGCGGCGCCGCUGUCGCCGCUUCUGGCUGACGUGCUCGAGCCGCUUGUGCCCGAGCUCGCCGUCCAGUGGCUGGGCGCGCUGCGCGACACGCCAGUCCUCGGCUUUGCGCUCACCCAUGAGGUCCAUGCCGAGUACCGGCCGCAGGUAUACACUGCGCCGGUGGAGGACCGGGCGCUGCCGGGCCUUGCGCCGCUGGCGGUCCCGCACGCGCCGAUGCUGUGGGCGUGUGCUUCGCUGGUGGUGGCCACCAUCCACGCCUCGCGUGAAGACGACGACGCCGAGAGCCUACUUCCUGAAGACCGCGACUCGGCCGACCUGCUCCUUGGCCUUGCUGGCGGCUUUCUCUUUUCGGCGUACGGUGAGUCGAGGCCUGCCGACAUCUGCUACGCGCUGCGCGCACUGGCGAGCGUGCUUAGCCUCGGCCCACUGCCCAAGUUUCAGCACUACGGCGACGUGCUUGUCGGCGUCAACUCCAUGGUGGUGUCGAGGCGGUGCGGUGACGCCGGCCUCACUCUUGUUGUCACCCGCUUGCUGCCCGCAUACAUGGCUGCGCUACGGGCAGGGAUAGAUGCCGACGCGCCGAACAGCGCCGCGCCGGUCCUUGACUCACUCUGUGAGCUUGUCUUUGCCGGUAUUCUUCCGCAGAUCGAGGGCGGAGACCAGUCGAUGGUCGAUGCGUGGGUUGCUCUUGUUGCCGACCUCAUCGCAACGCUGCCGCCACCGCUCUUUGCCUCCCGCUACGAGGCGCCGCUGGUGGUGCGGGUGCUUCACACGUCGGAAUCACCCGGCGUGGCCACCGCUCUGGCCAGCGCGUGGCCGACAAUGGUCAAAGCACUUCAGAGCCAUGGCGCGGUGGCAAGGGUGCUGGAAGCUGUGGUUGCGUCGGCGCCAGCUCAAGUAUUGCUCGACAGUCUGCCGUCGCUGAUGGUGGCGGCGGCGGGCGUAGCUGACGCCGAAGCUGGCGUGCUCCGGUCUGCGACGACUGCGCUGGUAUCGCGGGUGAAGGCGUGUGUUCCUGGCUGCGAUGCUGCGGCAUUGGCGGCGGGCGGGCGGGCGCUGGAGGUUGCAGCCGGCCUGGCAGCCGUCGCAUGCAGCGUCGGGCCAAGUACCGAGGUCGGCGCGCGGCUCGCCGGGUGCUCGCUUGUCCUGGUCCCGCACGGCCUGGUGGCGCUGACCGCACUGGCGCCAACUAGCGAUGGUCCUGCAGCCGCGGCCACGCUGGCGGUCCCUGUGGCGGCGCUUUGCCAGACCCUGUACUGCGGCGGGGUUCUUGACGCUGCGGCGCAGGGCGUGAUGCUCGCCGGUGCGCUUCCGGUCCUGGCGGUCUAUCUUCAAGUGGCGGCGGAAAGCCCCUCUGCCGACGCGCUGCUUGCGGUGGUCCAGGCCAUGGGCGGAGCCAACGCCGAAGUGUUCCGCGAUGUGAUGGAGCGGAUGCCGGCCAUCCGCGAAGCAGUGGCCGGCGCAGCGCGCGCCCAGGCCGAGCGGCAGGCCGCCGCGCAAGCCGCAGCAGUCGCUGCCGCCGCCACCUCCAGCGGAAAGCGCGGCAAACGUAAGGGCCGCGGCGGCAAGGCCAAGAACAAGGCAGCCAUCUCGCUCUCGCUCUUUGGCCAGUAA